AGCACUGACAAAGGAUGAAAAUAGCCUUCCUCGAUUCAUAAAUAGAAGCAACGCCAUCAUACCAAUGCAGAGUAGUAACAUAAGCAUGGCCAUACGGGAGACUGAUUCAACUACUGUGGCUACGCAAGCCUGCCGCUCGUUUUUAAGCCACACAUUCCCGUACUCAUUCAUGUUGGCAUGCCUCUCUAUCCAGGUAAAAGCGCUCAUAACACAUGCCCAGACCAACGUGUUCACAAUCGUCCAUGCACUGUGUGGGGCAUCUACUCCGGGCCACCACUCCACCACUCAAAACGGCCCACGCUCGCCUUCAUCUUUCCGGGUCGAUUCACCCCCCACCUCGGCAUCGCCAGUCCCGAGGCGACAUUCGGUCUGCACCGCACCUUGACAUUUUAGGGUACAGAGAUGGGCCAUCGCUCUGGUUCUCAAUGCGCAGCUAGUGCGUCUUCUUGGGGCCGGCGGCCUGCUGUCCACCAACAUACUUGCGGAUGUCGGUCGCAUCGGCGGCUUGCCUGAUGACGUUCUUGAAGGUGC